ACAAAGCGGAAAAAAGAAAGAAGAAUUGAGAGAUAUCUAGUGUUUUAAAAAAAAAAGAACUGAGAAAUCAGCAAUGGGGAGCUUAAGAGUGAGCACAUUUGCUGUUGCAGUAGUUGUAUGUCUCUCCAUCCUCCUCAUGUCUCCUACAGAUGGGCGUAGAGUGUGUGACAGCGCAGCGGGUUUAUGUAGUAUGUUGUUCUCUUGCAAUACACAAUGCAAUUCAUUGGGCCGCAAUUUUACUGGAGGCGAAUGCUCAGAUGCUCGUUUUCCUGGUUUAAGUGUCUGUUAUUGCUGCCAUAAUGUAGAGAGCAGUGCUGAAAUGGAAAGCAUGUGA